AUGAGCUGUGGUGCAAUCGUAAACUUCGCAGCUACUGCAAAGAGGCUCAAAAGGGCACAGCAAAAGAAAUUGCACAAGCCAGCCUUUCAUAGUCCAGUCGAGAAGAUAUCAGCACCAUUCAAGGCAAUAGCAUCUGACUUAUCAACAGGCCAUAAAAAGAGGAAGAAGGAUUCAGUUCUGAAUACUGUGGCUGAAAAGUUGGAUAUCCCCACCGAAGCCGUUCCAACGCCCGUCAGGAAGAUAUCGGCUCCUUUGAAAACAUUUGCAUCUGAGUUGUCACCAUCAGAUCACUAUAACAAUGUAAAUUCUAUGGUAUUUGCAAUCUAUGAUUUCUAA